CAGUUGCCGAUUAAGUACUGCCAUAAGAACUGCCGAUAACCGGCAGCUCAGUGACACUCACCAGUGCUGCCCAGCAGUUGCCGCCAGUCAGUGCCAUCAGUCAGUGCUGUCAGUCAGCGCCUUCCAUCAGUGUCGCCUAUCAGUGACCAUCGUUGUUGUGCCUAUCAGUACCACCUCAUCAAUGCCCACCAGUGCCACCUCAUCAGUGCAGCCUAUCAGUGCUGCCUAUCCAUGCCACCUCAUCAGUGCUGCAUAUCCGUGCAGCCUCAUCAUUGCACCUCACAGUGCCGCCAGUCAGUGCCCAGCAGUGCCGCCAGUCAGUGCCGCCUAUCAGUACCCAUGAUCAGUGCCAACUCAUCAGUGCUGCCUAUCAGUGCCGCCUAUCCAUGCCACCUCAUUAGUGCUGCCUAUCAGUGCUGCCUAUCAGUACCGCCUAUCAGUGCCCAAUAGUGCUGCCUAUCA